AUGGGCCCCCUCGCCCGUCCCGCCGCCUGCCCCGCCGGUGGGGUGCGGUGGCGGUGCGUGCCGCCGUUACCGGUGCGCGUCCCGGGCUCCGCAGGGCGGCGGCUGCGGCGGCUCCGCCCGGCACGGCGCCCCCUGGCGGCCGGAACCCUCACCGGACACGGCUCCGCCACACGGCACCGGGGCGGGGCCACGGGCGAGGCGCGGUCACCGGGGCGGGGCGUCCGCGGCCCCGCCCCCGCACCGGGGCCGCCGGUCCUCCGGGCCGCGAGGGGGCGCUCGGGUGGCGCGGAGGCGGCGGGCCGCGCCGGUCCCGGGCUCGGGGAAGUGACCGGCCCCCGCCCUCCGCAGGGCCCCGCAGCGGGGAAGCGGCUGCCGGGAACCGGCUUGGACGGCGAGGCAGCGCGGAAGCGGCCCCGGGGGCGGAGGAAGGCCGGCGUGCCUCGGGCUGCGGCGGGCGAACGCCCGGCCGGCCCCGAUGAGCCCCGGGAGAACGGGCAGCGCCCGGACACAGACGGCCCGGCUGAGCCGCCGGCGGAGCUGAGCCGGAGGCAGCGGCGGAACCGGCAGAAGAAGCAGCGGCGGCGGCAGCAGGAGUCGGCGGCGGGGCCGAGCGUGGAGCGGGGCUCGGGGCCGGGGCCCCCGGAGCCGCCGGGCCCCCAGGAGGCGUCCCCAGAGCCCCGCUCCGGCCGCUCGGCCGCGCUCCGAGCGCGGAUGGAGGAGCGGCUGCUCGGCGCCCGGUUCCGGUACCUGAACCAGCAGCUCUACACCGGCAGCAGCCGGGACGCAGCGCGGCUCUUCCGCGCGGACCCCACCGCCUUCCACCUGUACCACCGCGGCUUUGAGCGCCAAGUGCGGCGCUGGCCCGAGCGGCCCGUGCAGCGCAUCGUGCGCUACCUGCGCCGCCGGCCGGCGUCGCUGGUGGUGGCGGAUUUCGGGUGCGGGGACUGCACGCUGGCCUCCAGCGUCAAGAAUCGGGUGCACUGCUUCGACCUGGUGCAGCUGAGCCCGCGGGUCACUGUCUGCGAUAUGGCCGAGGUGCCCCUGGCGGACGAGUCGGUGGACGUGGCUGUGUUCUGCCUGGCGCUGAUGGGCACCAACCUGCAGGAGAUCCUGGGGGAGGCCAACCGCGUGCUCAAGUUGGGGGGGACCCUGAUGGUGGCCGAGGUGGCCAGCCGCUUCGAGAACAUCCGUACCUUCCUGAAGGCCAUGGGACAGCUGGGCUUCAGGACAGUCUCCAAGGACCUCUCUAGCUCCUACUUCUACGUUCUGGAGUUCUCCAAGACGGGCCCGUGCCGGGCGGGCCCCGCCCCGGGGCUGCGGCUGCGGCCCUGCCUGUACAAGCGGCGGUGACGGGGAAGGGGGGCUGGCCCCGCCCCCCGCGCGCUGGCCCCGCCCCCCGCGCAUACCACCAAUA